AUGCGGGGACUGGGGGCCCCUGACAGCGGCACUGUUCAGUGUAAAACCUGCGAUUCGGACCCGUCCGAAUGCGGAGAGGAAGCGCCGGCAAUCUUACGUGGUUCGACAGACCCACCGCAGAACUCUCUAGGCUCAUCGACUCAACUAAGCGAGAAGCAGCAGCAACAGCAGCAACUGAGCGAAAAUGCCCCGGUGCCCCUCACACCGCAGCAAGUGGACGAUAUAUCGGAGCUUUGUAUGCAAGUUAUCCUUGAGCACGAAGCCGAAACAGCCUCUCGCCUGUCAUCAAGUCCACUACAGAGUGUGAUAGGUGCAAGUUCAGUCCCUGCAGGUGCGGCAGAAGGCCAUGAUGUAAACAGCCAGCGGACGAGUGGCUCGAACGAGGAUUCAGAAGAGCGCGCAGAGAGCCGUCUCAGCGCUCCUUCGAACAAUCCCGGACCCUUUGCUGCCUAUGAGGCUUUCACGCCUGCUUGCGCCCAACAGCAGCAUGCCACCACUGCAGCAGGCAACAUCGAAGCCUCGCAGGACACUUCGGUUCCGGAACAGGACGUGGAAUUGUAUGCAACGCGCACUAUAACGGCUCUUCUGCUUGCUGGGCCGACUCCAGUGCGUGUAGAAGACUUGAGGCGCUGCUGGAUGGCCCUCCCUAUGCAGCUUCGAAAGCGGAACCUCACGACGUUGGUGCUCGGCCGCGCGGCAUCCAUAGCCGCCUCUUGCUUCGGGCUUCAGCUUAUGUCUUUCCAAGUGAAAGGUCCAUACGACCCCACCCUGAUUACUGUUUACCACUAA